AUGACCCCCUAUCAUGAUGGGCUUCGUUCGACACGGAAUCACUAUCAUGACCCCCCGGGCCUGAUUGAGCGUGUAACUAGCACUGUCUCCACAAUCAAUAUCCCGGUCAAGCCCCCAAGAGGAUGGAGCUGGAAGCGUGUCUUGACGCUGGUCAACUUCUUGAGCUUGUUCUGGGUAUUUGCUCUGUACCGAGGGGAGCGGACAAUAUUCCGGAAGGCAAUAGAUGCAUGCGAUUGGGACACUUGGGAGAACUGGCCCCAAGAUGCAGUGCCGCAUCACCUUGUCUUCAUAGCCGACCCUCAACUCGUUGACCCUCAUACCUACCCUGGCCGUCCCUGGCCGCUGUCAACCUUGACGGUUUCGUACACCGACCAAUACCUCCGUCGCGCCUUUUCGAAGAUUACCAAGGACUUAUACCCAGAUACAGUGAUAUUUCUCGGCGAUCUGUUUGACGGGGGACGGGAGUGGUCUACACCAAGCAGCGCGAGUCCGGAGAAGCAGUACAAGAAAUACGGUGAUCGUUUCUGGCAGCGCGAGUACACAAGAUUCGGGAGCAUCUUCUUCGAUCAAUGGAACAAUGCAAGACAUGCCACAAGGGCAGGGCAGGACGGACGCAAGAUGAUGGCAGGUCUGCCAGGUAAUCACGAUCUCGGCUUUGCGACUGGCAUUCAGAAGCCCGUGAGGAAUAGGUUCAACGCAUACUUCGGAGAUGGCAAUAGGAUUGACGUAAUCGCGAACCAUACGUUCGUUUCAGUGGACAGCGUGUCCCUGAGCGCCCAAGGUCUGGAAGAUGGAAACAUUGGAGAUAUCUCAAGACCGGUGGUAGAUUUCCUUAACAGCGCACACGCAGAAAAGAGGCGCGCUAUAACACGACAUCUACGAACGCAGAAUGGUCUGAUGCCGGACAGUCCCUAUGACCACAGAAUAUUUGAAGGCCGAGAGCUCGGUCACCCUGUUCCAACCACAAAGGAAGACAACAACGACUUUCCGACCAUCCUCCUCACCCAUGUACCCUUGUACAGAGACCCCGGAACGCCCUGCGGUCCGUUAAGGGAACAUUGGCCGCCGACUCGUCCGCCCAAUGGAAAGGGUGAGCCACCCGAAAGGGACGACCGUAACGCAAUCGCAGUACAAGGCGGUUACCAGUACCAGAACGUUCUGACCCGAGAAAUCUUGAAGGAGAUUGCUGUCAGCGUCGGCAACAUAGCCUACGCCUUCUCUGGGGACGAUCACGAUUAUUGCGACGUUGUCCACCGAGGUUAUCCUUCCGCAGGCGGCGGCAUACGCGAAAUCACUGUCAAAUCAAUGUCGUGGGCCAUGGGUGUCCGCAAGCCUGGCUUCGUCAUGCUGAGCAUGUGGAACCCAGUCGAUCGUCAUGGCAAUCGCGUCGAUGCUCAAAAGAAUGCUGGGAAGCCCACCAUACAGACGCAUCUUUGUCUCCUUCCGGAUCAACUGGGCCUAUUCAUCCGCUACGCUCUCUACUUUGGCAUAACUCUGUUGCUCCUGGUAUCAAGAGCUGCCCUUUGCGCCAUUGGUUUCUUCAAGUCCGCCGGAUCGGGUGACGAUCCUGUAUUGCCAAUGACAGAGAUUGUUUCAUCUGCAGAGACCGAGAAGGCCGAAGGCUAUCGAGCCCACACUCGAAAAGGAUCCUCGUCAGACGAGGCAUCGUCAAACUCUUCUGUUUCCUCCAACCGUACCAAUCUCUCUGUGCGGUCAGCUAGUGCUCGUACCCGCAGUAUAAGUCCUGGCGGCUACGGCCUGCCUCCGUCGCAGUCUAAGUACAGCUUACCCCGAGGCAGCAACGCCGCAUACCAUGGGCCUGCGGAGGACAAGUAUGACGAGUGGGGGAUGAGCACGCGCGUCAAGCGGAGGCCUAAGAAGCUGAAGGGCUUCGCGUUGUUCAGCGAGGAGUUGAAGAAGAGCGUGCUGCGCGUAGCCCUCGUUGCUUUACCGUGGUAUUUCUGGUUAAUAUGGGUUUGGUGA